AUGUCGCAGUACCCCGUCGACCCGCACUCCGACACGUUUUCCGGGCAUGUGGGCAGCUCGCACCGCGGCGAAGAGUCGCGCAGCAUUCUCGACCAGGUCGACGAGUAUCUCAACGAGCAGGACUACGACGCGCACGCCGCGGGCGCCGGCGCAGGCGCCGCGCCGCAGCCCGCCCACUGGAUCGGCGACUCCAUGCAGCUGGACCUCGACGACCUCGGGUCGCCCGCGCUGCGUCACAACGCCGCGGAUUCCGACGCUGGCGCCCGCAAGGACGCCUCCGGCGGCUUCAAGCUCGACUACGGGCUGCACGCGGCCGCUGCCGCGGCCGCGCAGCCGCCCCAGCAUCUCCAUCACCACCACCACCCCCACCACCAGCUUUCGCACGCGCACGCGCUCCACGACGACCCCGACGACCAGGGCGCGCGCCAGCCCGCCUCGCGCCAGCACGUCCGUCCAGACAUGGUGUUCUCGCCCAUGGUGUCGCCGCUCGUGGCGCCCGGCCAGCAACUCCAAAACACGCCGUUCAUGAGCGCCGGGCUGCCGCAGGCCUCCUCCGCCAAAGACGCGCGCCCGUCGUUCUCGCCGUUGUCGUCGCCCGCGCUCAGCGCGGGCGACCGCGCGCUGACCGCGCAUUCGCACUCCAGCAGCUUCACGUUGCCCGAGGCCAGCUCGUCGGCCGGCACCAAGCGCAGCUCCAGCGCGUGCUCGCGCUCCAAGCGCACCCCGCACUCCACGCCGGCCCUGACCGCCACCACCUCUUCCAAAGUCGUCAAGCAGAGCCCGCAAAUCAACUCCAGGCGCGCCAUCUCGUCCAAAGUCAAGUCCAACUCCAGCAAUUGGGACGACAUGUUCGCGCUCCCCGAUAGUAGCAUCCCGCCGCCCGCUGGCAGCUCGACCGCCUCCGGUUACGCCACGACCGCCACGGCGUCCGCCGCCGCCAACUCCAGCAGCGCACUAGAAGACGGAACCCCACGGUCCGUGUCCUCCACAGCAUCUUCCGCCGGCUCCACGGGCCCCACCAACCCGUCCCAACCCCACAUAACACCCGCGACCCUCAUGAACUACCCAAAGGUGAUCUUGCCCUCCAACAGCUCCGCCAAUUACGGCGUAUCGUCCUUGCAUGAAGACCGCAACGUGAUCCGCGCCACCGAGUCCCCCGUCAUCAAGCCCAAGCACCCCAGCUCGCAUUUGUCGCGUCAAACUAGCAACUCUUCGCUACAUGCCAAGAGUACUCCGGAACUGAAACCCAAACGCAAGAGUAGCAAGUCCUCUCUCAACGAUAGCGGGCCCGAAGAGGACGUGUUCAAAAAAGAGGUCCACAAAGCGGCAGAGCAAGGCCGCAGAAAUAGGCUUAAUACUGCUCUCAGCGACCUCCAAUCUCUUAUCCCGCCCGAAUUGCGCGAAACAGUGCUGAUCCCUUCAAAGGCCACCACGGUCGAACUGGCGUGCCAAUACAUUAGGCAACUGACAGGCCAAUUGGACCCAACAGAGGAAUAG